AUGGACGAAAAGCGCCGCCGACAUCCGAUCAUCGCUUUGACUACAGGCCAAAGGUCGCCCGGAACAUUCGGCCGAGCGCUCGGAAGCCACCCCCCUCACUGUGUACAGAGUAACCGAAGCACCUUGUAUCGCUUAUCUCGCCAUCGGCCGUGUGACGUAGGAAGCGCCCUCUCCUAUCGCGUCCGGCACCUGUCCGCCGCGCAGGAGAUAAUGACCCCUGCGGCCGUA